CUCCCUCCACAACGAUAGCAGCAGUUUAAAAAGAGGGCACUGAAGAAGAGGACCUCAAAGAGAACACUUCCACAAUGAAGAACCAAAGCAGAUGUCUGUGCGUUAUUCUGCCCAAUAACACAGAACUGAGUUUGACUGUUGGGCUUAAAGACAGAGGUCAAGACGUGUUCGAACAGCUGUUUGAGCGACUCGGCACCUCAGAUCUUACCUUCUUUGGUCUGAGUGUGGUAAAGGACAGUCAACCCCUGUUUUUGGAUUUGGGGCAUAAAUUGUCAUUGUACCUCCCAAAGUCCUGGAGAAAGAAUACAUCAAAGGAGAAAGUGAUUCUCUCCCUCAAAGUGCAGUACUUUGUAGAAAAUGUUCAACUAAUUUUAAACCGUGAUACCCGCCAGCUGUAUUAUGCUGAGGUGAAGGGGAGAGUUUUGAGAUCUGAGUGCUUUGAGCAGGAAGGACUGUACUUCCAGCUGGCUGCCUACGCCCUUCAAGCUGAUCUUGGAGAUUGCGAAGAAAACUUUGCAUACUUUAGCCCACAGGGAUUUUUCCCUUUUUGGAUUGUACAGAAGCAUGGGAAUGAUUAUAUCCUGAAGCACACCCCAGCCCUGCACAGGGAGCUUAAAGGAAUGUCAUCCAGCGAGGCUGCCUCGCUUUUCAUUCAGGAAGCGUUUACCUUGAGUGAUGUGCCUCUCACCAUCUAUAGAUUGUCCAAAGAAAAGAAAAAAACACAAGGUUGUGUCCUCGUGGGUGUGACAUCUACAGGACUGCAGAUCUCUGAGGUGCUGAAUGGGAAGGUGUAUGAUUUUCCGUGGCCCUCCAUUCAUUCCAUUACUUUUCAGGGCAGGAAGUUUGACAUUCGUGCUGAUGGUUUGUUUGAGAAAAAGCUGGUGCUUUAUAGUCUGUCCGUCCUUCAUGCCAAAAACCUGCUGCAGCACGUAAGAAACAGUCACCGACUGCAUCUCAACAUAAAGCCCUUGGUCAUGAAGCUCAAGGAAAAAAACGGGAGACACAGAGAGAUGUACAUCACAGAUGGAGCUGAUCUGGUGUUUGAGGACAGUGAUGAUGAUGAUGAGCUUCCACCAAUGAAGUUCCUCGUAGACAACAUCCAGAAGCAAACCACUGGCACCACCGAGAGUAAAACUGUCACGGGAAGUGGUGCUUCAAAUGGCGCUUGCUGUUUAGAGAUGAGUGUUGAUGAGCCUGAAGAAAUGUUGGUAGAUGAUCCUGAAGAUGUUCUGCGUUUAAUUGAGCUGGUGGAGGGUGUAUCUGUGGAUGGUCCUUUAUUGUUGCCAAUUUCUCACUGGGAAGGUGAAACUAAUCAAAUCAGUUAAUUUCCACUACUGUCCACCCUGCUAGAAAACCCGCUUGAGGCAUCUCUAUCCCCAUCUCAGUCACGAAGAAUCUUAACAGUGGGUGUUAACCUGGAAGUGACAAGCAACCACAAGCCAUAGAUGAAAACAGCUUUCGAAUGUGCAUUUGUGCUUUGAAUGAACUAACUUCUUUUCACAUUAUGUCCCUAAAUAUUCAACAUAUAAAAUACACAGAAAUUGUUUGCAAAGCAUGCUGAAGUUAUUUUUACAUGCAAAAGACGUCAUGUAUUGUUUUAUUGAACUUUGAUCUUUACUGAAAAACCUACGGAAACCACUGUGUACAAACAGAAGUAUUGUGAAAUAUGUGGUGGGAAAAUGCCACAUAAUAGACCGUGAGGACAUGGAAAUGAUAACAUGCUAACUUUUGACAUUAUUUGACAUAUUGCGCCAUGCUGUCAUGGUUUAAAAUGCUGAGUCAUCAGAAAUAUUCAUUGCAUCUUUUAAGGAAGAAACGAGGGGGUGGGUAGGCAGGCAUAAAUGAGAUGGGCUGGCUUCACAUGGUUUGCCAAAUUUCAUUCAGUAUCACAUCAUGAAUGCGUUUGGAUUGGUAAGUUUUGCUUGCUGUGUUCAUCAGAUAUUUUUAACACACGAAAGUGUUUUCAUUUAUGUUAAUGUAUGUUUUUUUUUUUUUAUGUAAGUUUGAGUCUUUAAUAUGUUACUGAUGAUAAUGUAACCGAGAUGGAAAGCUAUGAUUACAUCUUCAUAUGGAAAUACGUAUUUGCACAUUUAAGUCUUGGGUGAUUGAGUCAGACAUGUAACAGAUAAUAGAUAGUUAAAUAGCGAUCCGUGCCAGUAUACAGUAAUUUUAGAAGAAUUCGUUUUAGUUUCGUUCAUCAAAUCUUCUUCCCAGUAUGAAUACUGGUCUUAGAAAUCAUUUGAGUCUAAAAGUAUCACUUUCUUUCUUCUGUGCACACCAGGACGAAAAGUGACGAAACACUUUUAAGUAUUUUCAGUUUUGUUCCACAGAAGAAUUGGAUUUUAUUAUUUGAAAAAUUUAUUAUUUUCACCACGUCACUUUAGAUUAAUUGAAUGCAUUUUGCUGAAUAAACAAGUAUUUCUCUUUACAGCAUAUAAAUAAAUGGGAAUUAAGCAUCAAUAGAAACCUUUAUCUUGUUACCAGUUGUGGUACAUGUCCUGGCAUGCCCACUACCAAUGUAUAUGUAUUUCCUGAUAAUGCUAAAAAAUGCUCAACACAUUAGCACUUCGCUUCGUUUUAAAAUUUCAGACCACAAGAGGAACUAGUAACAUCAUUUACUUUCAUCUGCAAAAUGAUUGCAUUGAGUUAGUUACACAUUUCAGGGCAGUUUCAAAGUGCACAAACCAUGUUAUAUGGUAUAAGUGUCGUGAGGUCAAAACAUAGUAUUGUGCAAAGAACUGUGCAAAAAGAAAACAUUGAUUCAUAAUAAUUGAUAAUCUUCCAUGUAAUCAUAAUUUAAUGGGAAAGGAACAUAAGUUGGUAGCUAUGUGUGUGUAUGUUUGCAGUUUUUUAGAAAUGUAGUCUGAGUUGUGUAUUUCCAAUGAGCCUUGGUUUGUAAAAUACAUUUUCCAAAUCCUUUGUAAUAUUAUAACUGUUUUUUCUUUUUUUUUUACUUUUUCAAUUAAAUGCAUUUUUUUAAUUUACCCCCCCCCCCAAAAAAAAAAAUCAAAUAAAAAAUUAAG